AUGGAUCUGUACUCCGCAUCAGGAGCAAAAAUAACAAGAAUCAGGCUACAACCGGCUGUUCCAACCCCAUCUUCUCCCACCAGAGUACGACAAACCGUCAAAAUUGCUUUUUCCAGCUUCAAGCAGUCCUUCACCUCAAAUGUCAACUACCUGAAACGAAGGUUCAGCUCCGGUGACUUGUCGUCGGAGCUCGAUGACGAGCCCAAGGUGCCGCCACCGCCCCCGGGCUCGACGCAGUCGGCGUCCGUGAGCCCUCUGCCCGGGCAGGAGGCCCAUGGAACGCCGGGAGCGGGUCCGCCGGGUCAAGCGGUGCAACAGUCCGGCCAGCCGCCCUCGUCGCUCUCAUUCUCCAGGCCAGGUAGCAAGACGACGUCCGCACCGUCCAGCCCGGCUAAGACGAGGGAAAGCCUCCUCCAGAGAGUCCAGUCCCUGACAGGGGCGGCCAAGGAACAAGGAGCCAGCCUCAUCGGUGCUGCAGUCUCUAGCGCGGCGAGACCAUCGUACAACAAAGACAGGUGUUUCACCCUCUUGGUCAUCGACGACCAGAACACGGACUGGUCCAAGUACUUCAGGGUGAGGAGGAUCCACGGCGACUACGACAUCAGGGUCGAACAGGCCGAGUUCCGUGAGGUCUCGCUCAUCGCCAGCUCGGACCAGGGGACCCUCGUCAACAUGACCGUCAUCAGGAACGGCACCCGGGUCGCCAGGUCGUUCAAGCCGGAUUUCGUCCUCGUUCGGCAGAACCUGAAGGACGCCGGGGAGGACUACAAGUCGACCUUGCUCGGCCUCAAGUACGGCGGCGUGCCGAGCAUCAACACGCUCUCGGCAAUUUACAACUUCCAGGAUAAGCCUUGGGUCUUCGGCCACCUCAUUUCACUCCAGAAGAAGCUCGGCAAGGAUAACUUUCCGCUCAUAGACCAAUCUUUCUAUCCCAACUGGAAAGAGAUGAUGUCAUCUUCUAAACUGCCCGCCGUUGUGAAGAUCGGCCAUGCCCACUCAGGCUUGGGAAAGCUCAAGGUGGAGACAAACUCUGACUUCCAAGACGUGGCGUCCGUCGUCGCCGUCGCGAACACCUACUGCACCGCUGAGCCUUACAUCGACUCCAAGUACGACAUACACAUACAGAAGAUUGGCAACAAUUAUAAAGCCUUCAUGAGAAAAUCGAUAUCGGGGAAUUGGAAGACUAACACGGGGUCGGCGAUGCUGGAACAGAUCCAGAUGGUUGAUCGUUACAAGAGCUGGAUCGACGCGGUUUCAGAGCUGUUCGACGGACUGGACAUGUGCGCCCUUGAGGUUAUAGUCGCGAGGGAUGGCCGCGAGGCCAUCAUCGAGGUGAACGACUGCGCUCUGAGCCUCAUGGGCGAUUCUCAGGAGGAGGACAGGCGUCUCAUAGCAGACCUCGUCUGCCAGAAGAUGCAGGCAGUGUGCAAGCCCCCGGCGCCCGGGAUGUCCAAGGCGACGUCCAGAAUGAGCGUCACGAGCCAGGCAGAAGAGGACGACGGUCGGGAAGCCUCGAGCGUACCUAAUCAGCCCAGAAGAGACUCACAAGUGUCUCAGACGAGCACGGUCUCCUCAGUGAGCGGUACGGCGGCCACGACUGCUCGGCCUUCCUUUGGCCGACAGUCAUCCACCACCUCGGGUACGACAGCCGCAGCGGCCGAAGACUCCGAAGACACGAUGAAGAACUUAAGGAAGACAUUCGCUGGUAUCUUCGGCGAUAUGUAAGCCCCGAUGGAAUUCCGAUGACACGAUUUUUCCUUUACCAUCUCGUCAAAAAAAGCUAGCGUAGCAUCCCCCGAACCAUCUCAAUAGAAUUCAUUUAGCAACGUUCAAUAUAAAUGUCACAGAGGCCUUCGAAAACAUUUUUUAAGAAAACCCUUUUUAAACAAAUAAUGUGACAUCCCUUUAGUUUACUAAUGUAUCCACCAUAUACCAUAUAUAUGUGGCUUUAUAUAUAUAUAUACAUAUAACUUUGUAUAAAAAAGAAAAAUAUUGUAAAAAUUUAUGACAAUAUUCAGCACUUUUCAAAGCGUAGUUGACUUACAAGGAAAACGGAGAAAAAUGCUUGCAAGAAUUGUGUUUUAAUUUUAAUCGGAAGCGAUGAGCCAAGUCUGAUGUUACAAUCGUCCGAUGGUACUUAGAACAUGGCUGCCUUGAACCAAAUCUGACCGACAAUCCAAUAACUUGAUGAUUUCGAGUUUGGUAUAUCAGACUGUUAUUUACAUUACAAAUCACUGGAUCAAGAGACCUUUGGGUGUUUGGCUCCUUCAGCGGGCAAAGCCCUGAGACCAGUUGGGAUCUAUCAGUUCGGUUCAAAAGUCAUAUAGGUUCUAGAGAUCCAGAGAGCAUUGUGGUUUUGGUUCCUUCAGAGAGCAAAACCCUGAGACCAGUAGUCUGUCGGUUCGGUUCAAAGUCAAUCAGACGACAUACCAUCAUCAGAGGUGUUGAGAUUGGCCGACUCCAUCCGCAGGUCUUGUACGUCAAAGAAAAGUAAAACGCGAUUGUUUCAAUGUACAACGCCUAAAGGGAAAUCCAGGUACAUAGUGUAGUUUUGUUGUUAGUUAUUUUUUAAAUUAUUUACUAGUAGUUUUUUAGUAUUUUGAGGUAAUAAAAUGAAAGUGAUCUCAUUGUUGAUUCGUUUGUAGGUUGCACGAUAAUAUUAAAAAAUGAAGUCUUUAUAUAAAAAUUGCACUUGCACUUUUUGAUUUUGUGUUUUUUAGUUUAUCAUUGAUAGCGUACGGUGUACGCAUUGCAGCUAUGAAACCAAAGACACUAGUUUUUAAGAUACAACUCCUUUGUCUUUUCUCCUUUUGAAGGUACGAAAAAGAAAACUGGGGAUUUAAGUGUUGACUUAGUAUAUAAGGGAUUUUUUGUGGUUGAUAGUAUCGAAUUAAUUUGAACAAACGGACUUUUCUGAAGUUUCUUAUGUUCUUUCUUGAAAUGUUUCUCAGUGUGAUGGUCAGCGUUCACCGCAGGAAGCCCAAUUUUCGCUUUUUACGCCUAUAUGUUAGAGCUUUUUAUUAAAUUUUUUUCUUCAUAUAGCUUGUAGGAUAAUUCUUCAAAACGCCGAGUCCGGCGGUAUUCCGUAAAAAAUAAAGAAAAAAUCUGCUAGAUUUAUACCCGGUCGUGUCGGGUCUUCUAUGCGUCAGUGUGCAUAUGGAGGGCGGCGCAUAAGCUUUUUUUGAAUAAAGCAUUUUUAUCUUCAGACCUUUUCUCCAACCCCAAUCACACAGAGAAAGAGGAAAAACCGUCGCCCUCGUUCUAGGUUAAGUUAGGUUAAGCCCUAGUGUUAAGACUUUCGAAAAAGAUUCAAAACCUCGGUCGGAACCCUUUCAAAUAAUAAAUAAAUAAAAAACAUGUUUUGAAAAUUUUAAACCCUAAAAAAAUUAAUAUUGAAGAAGAACCUCCUCGGUUGGGAUUUUGAGGUUAGACCUAACCUAAAACCCCCAGCGAUGUAUAUCAAUCAAAUAAGCUAUACACGGCAAAAAAAAAAAAACCAUCAAA